CCCGCCGCUGGCUGGCACAUCUGGACGUCGUCGGAGCUGUCAAGUCCAGCGCCAGCGUUUAGCCGGACCUGACCUGACCCCCCCCCCCUCCUCUGUUUGGUCCUCUCUAAACUUCAAGGCGGAAUACUGGACUUUAAACUCUUGUAUCUUUAUUUUUAAAACUUUUCUCUCUCUUUUUUUGUCAUAAUUACAAGGCACAAAAUGGAACACUCAGUCCUCAGAAUAACAUGCGUCUUGGUGGUUAUCUGUCUCUUGGAUAAAAGGGUAGACUCCAAUGAAAUCUUGGGCCUGAAGCUCCCCAACAUCGACCCGAUCCUGAACGCCAACACGGUGUGUCUCACACUGCCGGGUUUGACUCGGCGCCAGCUAGAGGUGUGCAUGCGCAACCCAGAUGUGACGGCUUCAGCAAUACAGGGAAUCCAGAUUGCCAUCCACGAGUGCCAGCACCAGUUCAGAGGUCACCGCUGGAACUGCUCCAGCCUGGAGACUAGGAACAAAAUACCCUACGACAGCAUAGUCUUUAAAAGAGGUUUCAGGGAGAGUGCCUUUGCGUAUGCCAUCGCAGCAGCAGGCGUGGUGCACGCAGUGGCAAACGCCUGCUCCAUGGGCAAACUGAAGGCGUGCAGCUGUGAUGAGAAGCGGCGUGGGGACGAGGAGGCCUUCCGCAUCAAACUGCACCGUUUGCAACUAGAGGCCAUCCACCGGGGGAAGGGUAUGGUACAUGGUGUCAUGGAGCACUUCCCCGCUGACCUGCCGGGCCCCCAGGACUCCUGGGAGUGGGGUGGCUGCAGCCCCGACGUUGAAUUCGGCGAGAAGUUCUCAAGGGACUUCUUGGAUGCCCGUGAAACCUACAAGGACAUCCAUGCCCGUAUGAGGCUGCAUAAUAACAGAGUUGGGAGACAGGUGGUGCUUGACCACAUGAGAAGGAAAUGCAAGUGCCACGGGACGUCGGGCAGCUGCCAGCUGAAGACAUGCUGGCAGGUCACCCCCGAGUUCCGGGUGGUGGGCUCAAUACUCAAAGAGCGCUUCCACAUCGCCACGCUCAUCAAGGCUCACAACCGAAACACUGGACAGCUCGACCACUCCAACCACAACAACAACCACCACAACCACCAUAACCAUCACAACCACCACAACCACCACCACCAUCACCAUCAUCAGAACAACCACCACAAUCACCACCACUCACAUCGGCGGCGACCAAGCAUCAACGAGCUGGUCUACUUUGAAAAGUCGCCAGACUUCUGUGAGCGCGACCUGGGAUCGGACUCAGCAGGCACGCAGGGCAGGAUCUGCAACAAGACCAGCCCCGGCAUGGACAACUGUGAGAGUCUGUGCUGCGGGAGAGGCCACAACAUCCUACAGCAGACGCGGAGUGAACGCUGCAACUGCAAGUUUCACUGGUGCUGCUACGUGGUGUGCGAAGAGUGCAGGAUAACAGAGUGGGUCAGUGUCUGUAAAUGAAGAAACACACACUAAAAGACUGUACACAAUAAAGAACACAAAGAAAAAGACUUUUUUUAAAAAUCAAGACUAUUAAUUUGAAAGGGGAAUAUGACUGUAGUAUAUGUGCCCCAUACCUUUUUGCGGUGGACUGCUGUUUUCCAGAACAGCGAGGACAGAGUGCGAAGCAGUUGAGCCAGCAGAAAGAUAGAUGCGCAUGUUGGUAAAGAGUGUGCACAUGUGGCAUAUGUCUAAAGCUGCCACAAUGCAAAAGAGCUUGGAUGUUUACUACCUUCCUCUUGUGACAAAAGGAACAUAGUUAAGCUCCAUGUUGACUGACAUACAGCAGCAUGAGACUCAGGUGAGCAAAGAGGAAGUAGAGAGUAAGCAGUAGAUUGCAUGCAGAGCGAAAAUCAUAUUGCUUCAUAGCACCAGCAGUAUAUAAGGUGGAAAGGUUGAGACAAAUAUAGACCUUUUCACACAUCAGGAUUCACAAUGCACAGGAUUUGACACAGCACAACACAUCUGGAGCACUUAAGGAUUUAGUGCCUUGUUCAAGGGCAGUUCAGAAGUUUCAGUGUUUAUAGCAACUAUCGUGUUACACCUAAAAAUACAGCAGGGCUCAAUUGACUCUCUGUAGAUGUAUCAGUCAGUCUUGCUAUGUUGUAUGCAUAACAUGUGAUCCUGACUAUUUAAAUGAGCAAGUUCCAUUUGAGGACAUUACAGCAAUGAUGAAUCAGAGUGGCUGAAGCUGAGGUCAACCAAAAGACAGGUCUGAAAGUGUGAUUGCUGGUAUGAUUCGUCGUAUCAGACCCUUACAACCUAACUUCCUUCCUUCUAGUAGACGAUGACAAAUUAAAUCCAUACAUACCAGCUUCCAGUAGAGUCAGGAGAAGCACUAGCUAUAAUGUUAAUUUUGUGAAUCUAUUCAACAACCAUUGUGACAAGAGCUUGUAUAGCUGUUUUGAAAUAAUAUAUUACCCCAAAACAGAGCACAGAUACAUUGUCCAAAAUGUUCCAUGUGUUGUCUGUGUUGUGUGUGGUGUGUUAUAUGUAUGAGGACUGUCAGAGCAAAGUGCACAGUGGACCUUUAUUUAACAAGUACAGUUCUCAUCUUCAGCAUGACCUGAACAGCAUUGUAAAUAAAACUGAAUAAUGCUGCACAAAUACCAUCAAUAAAUUUAAAGCGCCUCAGGAAACUGAGCGCAUAUGAACAGGCUUCAGUUCCUCACACCAUAGACAUCCUAAGCUGCCAUCAGUCAAAGUGUUUCCUGUUUUGUGAUGCAACAUACUGUGUGCGACACUGUAAGCUUCUUGUGAUAUAUCUACACUCACCUUCUUCACACGUCGUCGAUGUGUGCAAAUAGGGAUAUUUUGAUGUCAACUUCAAGGUAUAUAAAUAGCAAAGUUGAUACGGAUUCCUGCCUGUGCACAUUUUCAUAUUAAGAUCAUAUUUGUUCUCGAGAAAUGUGUAUGAGCGAGGCUCCUUAUCAGACUGUAAUUUAUUUCAAGCAAAUAUUUUUCUGUGUUGAAAGCAGAGGAGAGAAAAAAAAUCUGGAAUUGUGUUUCCAGUGUAACAGAUUAUUUUGAUCCUGAUAAGUAGUUUGCACAUACAGAACUGUGUCCAGGAAAACUCUGGGAGAUAUCAGCAAUAUGCAUUUUUCUUCAUGUCAUAAAUGUAAUGUAUGUAUGUAUGUAUUUUUAUGUUUUAAUAUGGUUAUUAUCUAAGUUAUUUUAUUUUUGUGGAUAACUUAAUAUUUGUAAGACAAUAAAGAAAGACCAUAAUAUUGAAAGGGGCUUUAAUGUGAUGAAUAAUAAAAUACAUGGAAGCAGUGUA